GCUCCAUCGGCCCACAGAAGGAUCCUGUCGCCAGUAACCGUCUCAACGUCUGCUCCACUAUGUACACCAAGGAAUAGUCCAACGGCUUCGGAGGUUUUACUGACUGACUUGUAAUAAUUGUCAAGUGUGGUUUGGAUAAUCAUUUCCGGUAAUGAAUGCAUUCUCUAGCCUUCAUACCAUAAAUAUGAACACUGGCUUCAUAAGCCGACGGCUGUAUUUUCCGCAUUGUGUGAUGGGAAGAGUCUCAGCGGUGGAGCGUGCGCAACGUGGAGGCACAGAGGCCAGCGCUGAACGGCGAACCCCACCGUUUGAGGCCACUGCGCACUCGCUUACCAACGCCAAAGCAGGGCCUGGCUGGCUGGCUGGCUGGCUGUCCGUGCCUGGGAUUUGGCCAGUUCCCGGAUCGCGGUUCGGGACUCGACCGUCGGAGAUUGCGCGUGGGGCAGGUCAGACUCGCCUGCCAGUGACUGCGGCAGACAAAGAAUGCUCUUUGCUGGAUGGACGAUCAGCGGGGGAACGGAAUGCAAUCAAAGAGGGGCAGACAAAGAGUGAAAAGGAGGGUGUCGUGCUGUGUAUUUCCUGCCACUGGCUGUCUCAUGUUACAUUGUAGACAACUACGUCAAGCUGACAGAGCACUUCCAUAAUAUCUAGAACCAACAGCCACAGACCCCUCGCGUCGGCACCAUUGCCGGUCUGGUAUCUGGAUGGUAUCUGCCUCUUGCUGCUCAUACACGAUAUUGUUGAACAACGGCCUCGACACGCGCAACUGCAGUGGGACCAGCUUCCAACAGCCGAUAUCGAGAUCCUCUGCCGUCCCCACGCCCGCCGAUCUCUGGCCAGGCGCUUUUAACCU